CGAGACUUUGCAACCUGGAGGCUGGGAGGAGGGGAGGCCCAAAGUAGGAGUGCCCUGCCCUCGGCUCUCUGGGAGACAGCUGUCCACCAAAGGCAGGAAACCCCCACAGCCCCCCGGCCAAAGGAGACAAUCGCAGUUCGAUGGCCUGAUAUUUUCACAGCUUCGCACCAUUGCGGUUGCCCGUGACCUCUGCUUGGUUCCUUUCAGAACCAGCCCAGGCGCUCCCACCUCCUGGAAGUCUUCGGACCCCUGCCAAGCCAGAGCCAUUGCAGUCUUCCCUGGUCUGAUGGUUUGGGCACAGCACUCUGCUAGCAUCUCCCAAAUUCUGUUUUAAUUUAUGUUGGGUAGUGCUGGGCAGGGGAAGCCUUACGAAACAUUGGUUGAGGCAAUAAAUACCGGACUGGGCACUGACAGAUGGACGGGAGCUUGGGCUCUUGCCUGGGCUAGCAAACGUCAGAGCCCCCACCGAUUAAGUUUCCUGAGCACCUACUGUGUGCUUAGCACUGGGAAGAGUGUGAACAAGGACCAUCUCUAUGCCGACUGAGUUGCAAGGCCGUGAGCAAGGAGGAGCAGUGUAAGCAGACCCUCAGAGGAGCUCUGGGGAAAAUAGCCCCCUCCCGCUUGAUGAGAAAACCAAGGCUCAGAGAGACUGGGUGACUUGUUGAAGAUCACACAGCUAAUAAAUAGCAGCGCCGGGACCGGAACUUGGUCUGUCUGCUCUCGAAGUCUGUGUUUAGAGUGCCGCACUACACUGCCAUCCCCAGCUUCUGGUCUAACUCAGCCUACAUUGCCCCCAGCUCUUGGAAUCUGACUAAUAGUAAAUACCGGGGCGUUUACUUGACCUCAUGCAGUUUCUUGCUUGAGCACUAGACAGCAGAAUCUUGCAAUAAGGGCUGGCAGGGCCCCUGACCUUGGGUAGCUAUGGCACCUGUCAUUCUCCCUCCCUCUCCGCCCCAGGGCUGCCCAGUGGUCCCUUAUGAAAUAAAUAAGCCCAUCUUAUCUAUGUCACAGAUGACUGUAGCUUCCAACCUCACAAUAGCACGGCUUGCUGGGUCCUUAGAGCCCCUGUGGGACCUCCUGCCUGCUCAAUUAUUUCCUCCUCCUCAAGGGUAGAUAUGUGUGAGUAAAAGGAGACCUUAGCCUCCCUUAAUCACCAAUAUAUUGAGCUCCUCUGGGGCCUGAUGACCCCCAGGACCUAUUAUCUGAGAGCCGGAGAGCUUUUCAAAAACCUUUUGAAUGCAAGAGCGAUAGGCAAAUUAGAUUCUCAAAGUAGCGUGACUCUGCUUGGCUGUUUCCCUGGCCCACAAGGAUGGAAACGGACUACCUGAAGAGGUGCUUUGGCACCUGCCUGAGCCAGGCACUGGCAGAGGUGGCGAAGGCUCGGCCCUGUGACCCUAUAGAGUACCUGGCCCACUGGCUUUACCAUUACAGGAAAACCUGCAAAGCAAAGGAAGAGGAUAGCCGAGAGAAAAUCUGGCUGAAGGAAGAAUAUGAUCAUGGCCUCAAAGAAACCGAAAUGACAGAAAUGCUGAAGCAAGGAGAGUGGCAGACUCAACAGAAGUAUGAAAAGUGUCCCCAGCCACUGAUAUCUGUAGCUAGUUCCACAAUGAAGACUGUACUCAUACAAGAGAACACAAAACCCCUGGAGAAGGAUGCCUUGAAGCCAGAAUCUUUGCCAGGUACUUCCAAUACGAUUCCAGGAAUGCCUCAAUAGAUUCCUUCUUGGGAGACAUCUGGCCAGGCUGACUGCAGUGUCGAAGCUCCACAAGAAAUAAAUUCUGAGGCUUUUCAGCAUGACAUUGCUCCCAGAAUGCAUCCUGGCUCCAAAUCUCCUUAAGUUAUCAAAAGGUGGCUGAUUCUCAGGAUGCUUCUCUCAAAGCUACAAGCCGAGAAAAGGGCCAGCUAGGCCUCUGCCCUGAAGAUGGUAACUGUGUGGAUUCAACCAAAACUUGAGGGGCUGUGGAAGGAGGGGUCUUACAGGGACUCUCCAGCCAAAGUUCUGUUCUGAUAGAUAAAGCCCUUAAUCAUGUAAACAUUUCAACCACUGAUAAGGUAAAAUAAACUCAUAAGGAUUUCAAAUAAGUAA